UGAGUUCUCGACACGAACCAACGCACGACACAGUUUAUGGCUUCCGGGUUUUAAACGUCCGCGUUCGGAUCAUGAAGGGAUUACUUAGCCGAGUGGGAUCUCGUGAACUGUGCAUCGGACGAGUGCCUGAAACUAAGUUAAACUCAUGAGAACCUCGGUCAUUAUUAGACUUGAAUGUAGAGUUUGUUUUCCCAUUAUUGUUUCUUUGCGCUUUCUUUUUAUAAAGGCAACAAACUUCAAUGUUUGAGUGGAUGUAAGACAAGCCAGUGUCUUCGGUGAGGCAUUUUUAAAAGGUUAGGUUCCGUAAAGUUCCCUAUGUGCAGAGUCCAUUGCUUUCCAUGCUGUGACGGUCCUGAACCAGCCAUCUGGCUGGUUAUAAAGCCGUCAGCAUGGGAUUCGGGUGCGUUGGAGCGGGAAAACAUGGAACUCCGCUGAGAAGUGGUGGAAUUUGAUGACUUUCAGUAUGAAGACAGUGGAGAGCAGCUUACAGUGCAGGAGCUAGAGGAUGAACCCAGUCUCUUGGCCAUUUUGAAAGCAGAGCCAAAUCCUAAAGAAAUGUCUCUCUGUACACACACGGAGGUCAGUGUGAUCUGCAGCAAGCUGAUGACAAGCCCAGUCUGCCCCCUGCAGGCCACCCUGUAGAAACACAGGAUGCUGUGUGUCAAAGUGACUGCCAGAGCAUUUCUCAGAAAAUGGGGGAUGUCCCUGGGCUCACAUCUGCUUGUAAAACUGAACCAGACCCCCUGCAACUCGUGUACCCUGUAUACAAGGAUGAAGACCAGCAGACACCACUGGAUCUGUGUGCAGUGAAGCUAGAGAACACCAGGAGAGUACUGGAGCCCAGAACCAGUGAUGAGAAAGUAGUUACUUCAGGUGAUUGGUUGGCCUCAGUUGUUGGCAAAAGUCUCUUCACAGCAUUUCCAGUGGACAACCAUAUGAACCUAUGCAGUGGACUAAAGCUUUACUCACAGUGCAGAAUUACCUUCCCUAAACAAGCUUACCUUAAAAGAUACGCAAGGACAUGCAGCGAAGAGAGGCGUUUCCGGUGUUACUAUUGUGGCAAGAGCUUUGCGCUCUUGAGGGACUUUAAGACUCAUUUCCGCACCCACGUGGAAGGGAAGUGCUACCAGUGUCCUCACUGUAACUGUGGCUUCCGCUGCUCAACGAGUCUUGCGAUCCACCAGCAGAUCCACACUGGUGAGAAGCGCUACCACUGCAGCCGGUGCGAUCAGAGCUUUGGCCAUUCUGGAAACCUGAAGAAACACCGGCAGGUGCACACCGGUGAGAAGCCCCAUCUGUGCACUGUCUGUCGGAAAAUGUUCUCACAGCUGUCCGUGCUGAAGAUCAACCAGCGCAUGCACACGGGUGAGAAGCCAUACCAGUGCACGCAAUGCGGCAAGACGUGCACGUGUCUGGAAAACCUCAAAAUCCACCAGCGCAUGCACUCAGGUGAGAAACCCUACCAGUGUCCCACCUGUGGCAUACAGUUCUCCUACUCCUCCAUCUUGAAGAACCACCAGAGGACCCAUACCAAAGAGAAGCCUUACCACUGCCCUCAGUGCGAUGACAAGACCUUCACACACUCAGCCAGCCUUACCAACCACCAGAGGAUCCACAUGGGGGAGCGGCCCUACUGGUGCUCCUAGUACGAGAAAACGUUUGUGCGGCCCAGUGACCUCAAAACCCACCACAGGACGCACACGGGGGAAAGGCCAAUGUGCGCAAUGCAGUAAGAGGUUCUCCCACCCAUCGAACGUUAAUAACCACCAGCGGACGCACAUGGAGCCGUAUCGGUGUGGGCAGUGCGGCAAGGCAUUCAGCCACUGCACGUACCUCGCGGCGCGUACACGGGUGAGAGGCCUUUCUGAUGCUUGCACUGCGACAAGAUGUUUGUGUGCCUCGGUGACCUGAAGACGCAUUACAAAAUACACAUGGGGGAGAAGCCGUACUCAUGCUCCAUCUGUGGGAGGAGCUUUGCCAAGUCACCAUUUUACAGGCACCAGACAACACACACUGAAGCUAAAGAUGCGACUGUAACAGUGUCUAAAGAGAGUCGUAGAUGCCCACAACCAUGUGACUACUGUUGUAUGAUAAUACUGUACAAUGAUGGCAAAAUUGUAUAUGUAGCGGUAUCCUUAAGAGGAGUGUAAUCUUUAAUGCGAGAGAGGUUUAAAACCAUGCUUUGUCAUGAUUAACAGGUCACUAUCACAAAUAAUGUUUUGUGGAGUUUCCAAAAUGUUUAAUUUCCUUUCUCACAUGCAUUUUGAACUACAUUUCCCAGGUUGCCUUGUCUUUGUCGGUCACGUGUAACAGUUGUGAUGUCACCGCUUUGCCAUUUUUGAGGUAUGCCUACAGUGAGCGGUACAGCAAACAAGUUAUCAAGUAAUUAACCAAUUUAGUUAUUAAGUAUCCUAAUUUUCCAGGGAAGCGUUCCUGUGAAUUUGUUACAUAUGGCAAAUCUAAAACUUUGCCUUCUUUUCUGAGAAGGAGCUAGAGCUGUCCUCAAUUAAAAGUGAAAUUCACUGAC